AUCCUUGUCUUUCAAAGUGUGCGACUGUGUAAGUAAUAGCUCAUCGCCAUCGGGGAGUUUUGUGGGGGUUAGCCGUGUGGUGAGGCCUGUGGUUUGCUAGUUAAAGAUAUCUCCCAACCAAAGAAGAGUUUGAGGAUGGAAGUUGUUUUGGCUAUUGCAUCAAAGAUUGGAGAACACUUGGUGGAGCCGACAGUAAACCAAGUCCGUUAUCUAUUUUGUUUCAACACAAUUGUUAAAGAACUUGAAGAACAAGAAAAGAAAUUGAAAUGGGCAAAAGAAAACGUGAAUAAAGAUGUUGAAAUAGCUAAAAAUAAUACUGAUGAAAUCAAGGGAGAUGUUAAAGAGUGGCUAACUGAUGCCAACAAGAUGCUGGCUGAUGCUGAGGGAUUGAGAGAAGAGACAGGAGUGAAAAAGACUUGCCUUAAUGGAUGGUGUCCUAAUUGGGGUUGCCGAUAUUGGUUAGCUAGGAAAGCAGCAAAGAAGACAACCAUUAUGCGGAAGCUAACAGAUAAUGGCAAUUUCGAUGGAGUGGGUCAUCGUACCACUCUACCAGGUAUAGAAUUUUUAAAGCCUCAUCAAUUUCAGAUUUUCGAGUCUUCAAAAUCUGCUAUUGAUGAUAUUAUUGAGGCACUGAGAAAUGAUAAGAUCUAUAUGGUUGGAUUGUAUGGGAUGGGCGGGGCGGGUAAGACAACCUUGGCAAAAGAAGUAGGUAAUAGAGUGAAGGAGAUCUUUAAUGAGGUUGUGAUCGUUACCAUAUCUCAGACUCCAAACUUUAAAAAUAUUCAAGGUCAACUAGCAAGUGAGCUACGGUUGUCACUGUUGGAGCAAGGUGAAGAAGAAAGAGCGCGGCGAUUAUUCAAGAGAUUCACAGAGCCAGAGAAGAAGAUCCUCGUAAUAUUGGAUGAUGUUUGGAGAAAAUUUGAGUUAAAAUCGAUAUUAGGAAUUCCACUUGAUGAUGAUAACAAGAAUUGCAAAAUUCUUCUUACUACUCGUCGACAACAAGUUUGUAUCGAUAUGGGGUGUCAGUCACGAAUUCAACUAAAUGUUCUAAAUGAUGAUGAAGCUGUGGCUUUACUCAAAAGGCAUGCAGGCAUAGGUGAUGCCUCCACUUUGAAUCCUCUGGCAAUUAAAAUUGCUAAGGAAUGUGAUGGCUUGCCUUUAGCACUUGUAGCUUCAACUUAA